AUGACGCAGACAACAGUAGGAAUGGAUGAUCUUAUUCCGCUUCCAUCUGAGACUGUAACGGUAAUAAAUGUACGGAAUACGCCGUCAAGUGGUCCAAAGGCGAACUUUGGACAUAUAAAGUCUAAAUCGCAGCCAAAUAUACAGCCUUCGAAAGGUAGUGUAUCAUCGCCGAGCAGGUUAUCAGUUGGGAUGUUAUCAUCGUUUAUUCCACUCAAACACUUUAGUAUAAAUAGUGCAAGCCAGCAGAAGUACCCGGUUCACGAUAAAUGUGCGAUUUUGGACUGUGUGGAUUUGAAGACUCUACUUGUUGAUAAUCGUGAUGUGCUUGUAAUCGACGUUCGUUGCUACAUGGAGUAUUCGAAAGCGCACAUCAAAGGCGCUAUUAAUGUGAGCCUGCCGUCAACGCUGUUGAAGAGGAAGAACUUCGACUUGGUGAAGCUGUUGAAGAACCUACCGGAGUCUGAAAGAAUUCAAAUACAGCAUAAGCUGGAGGGUAGAACUGUUCAGGGCAUUCCUUCCAUCAUAAUAUAUGACCAGCUGCCAAUAAGCCCGAAUGGAUCUACAAGCCUCGCAUGUUUUGGUAUUUGCUCGAAGUUCCUCGAGCACGACUGGGGCAGUUCGGAAUUCAAGAGGCCUGGUGUUUCCAUUCUGAAUGAAGGAUUUUUGCAAUUUCAGUUACAAUAUCCGGCGCUGGUGGAGUCGACCACUUUGGACGAGUAUAAGGAGCAGCUGGCCGAGUGCAAUAAGCUAGAUACGCUCUUAUCGUGUUCGUCCCCGCUCUCUUCGUCUAAUGUCUCACCAGUGGAUUCAGACGACUCUUCGUCAAAAAUAUCUUUGCAAUUGACGAAGUUCCAACUUCCUAGAAGGCAGACACGAUUAAGCAUCGGGUCUACACAGUCCUUCUCCUCGUUCCAUUUCAGACACCCAGAAGAAAGCAACAACUUAGAAAGUUACCUGGUUGCUGUCGAUAUGAGCGAGAGCAGCAAGUGCUCUUCGCACGAAGAGGACGACUAUGAACCAUCUACGUCAAGUUCCAAGGACAUAUACAGCUCUCCACUGAAACUAAGGUUCCAGGUGGGUUUCGAAAAGCUGUUAACUAUGCAUCAAAGAGAUCUAAUAAACAUGAAAAUUCCACAAUGGUUUCAAGAACUAAUGCUAGAAUGCUCGAAAUUACAAUUUGUUGAGCAAUUCCAGCGCCUCGACCUAAUGGAACGAGCGAGAUUGGAUAGACUAUUUGUUAUAUCGCCUACAUCAUGCCCUGACAGUUUAAGCGUUGAAUUGAAUGAUAAUGAACUUAAUUUUGAAACGGACUAUAACCCUACGAUAUCUGUCUCAUGCGGUCUAGAACUAGGAACCAAAAAUAGAUACAAAGGCAUUAUCCCAUAUGAACACACAAGGGUGGUAUUAAAGAAAGAUCUUGCCAUAAAAGUUAAUGAGGUAUCAUUCGAUGAACAGUCCUUAGUGGAGACAUACAUUAAUGCAAACUACCUAACGGGUCCGUUUACGGACAUUAGAACACCCGGCGAAUCUCUUAGGUAUAUUGCAACGCAAGCUCCAUUAAGUGAAACUAUUCAUGACUUCUACACAUGUAUUAUUAAUAACAACGUCCCGCUUGUUCUCACGUUAACAGACCAAUAUGAGUGUGGGAUUGAGAAGUGCAGCAACUUUUGGGACUCUAGCAUCCAUAAUGGAAUUAAAGUGGAACUAAUGGAAACGGAUAGACUAGAUGAUCUAUAUUUGAGGAGGAUAAAACUAACUUAUAAUCAGGGCAAGUCUACCCAUACGUUCUUACAAGUGCAAAUAACGGGCUGGCCAGACUUGGGCAUUUUGACUCAUCCAUCCUAUAUUAUCUAUAUGAUCAGUAUAAAAAAUUAUCUGUUGGAUCGUCUGAUUAAACGAGGAUUCUACAGUAAUGAUCAUCCGCCGACUAUAUUAGUUCACUGCUCAGCGGGAUGCGGCAGAACAGGGACCUUAUGCACUGUGGACACAAUCCUAUCUAACUUGGAAAGUAUCGAUGAAGUUUAUGGACAGGCACUCGUUUCGGGUGCUACUUCGAAGAAUCCUUUCGAUCCUGUGGUCCUCACAAUUGACCGCUUCAGGAAGCAAAGGAUGUCCAUGGUGCAGACGAUAAAUCAAUUUCUUUUUGUUUACGAUUGUCUUCUCCUUUACUUUACGCAACAACUGGACGUUGACUCUCAAGGUAGGAGUUCUUGGCAAACAUUUAUGAGCUCCCUUGAUAGAUUAGAUAUAUUAAAGAACUUUCUAUGUAACGCAACAGUCAAUUAA